CUCCUCGACGGCUGCGAACGACACACGGCAGAAUGGCGACCUCUACUGUUCAGACAGCUGCGAUACCGCGAUUCCUCCUCCCGCAACUAUCAUGGGGUACCAUGACCCUGAGGCGUGCCGGCCCUAUGGGCAUGCUAUCGUUCCCACAGCAUAUGACGUCUACAGGGCAAGAGACGCAAAAGACGAACUCCGCCCAACAGAGAAGACCCUUCACCCACAGUUCCCUGAAGAGUUGGAACGCAGCGUGGCAGUCAGCACGCACGUCGACUACACCGAAGGCGACUGCUGCUCUCAAUUUCCGCCGCGAGUUCACUGCGACAGCCCCUCAGGCGCGCGAUCACCACUUCGAUACCUUGAAGUUUGUCCAGCGAUUGAAAGAUGAGGGGUUCACGGAAGAGCAAGCAGAAGCCAUGAUGAGGGUCCUCAGCGACGUCAUUGAGGAGAGCAUUCAGAACCUGACGCGCACCAUGGUGCUGAGAGAGGACCAGGAGCGCGCCACCUACACGCAGAAGGUCGACUUUGCCAAACUGCGAUCGGAGCUCAUGACGGCGGAUUCUACCGAGUCGUCGCUCACGAGGGCAUCGCACGAGCGCCUGACCAACGAACUGGCCAAGCUGAACUCGAGAUUACGGGACGAGAUACAGAGGACGCAGGCGUCGGUGCGGUUGGAUCUCAACCUCGAGAAGGGUCGUAUCCGUGAGGAGGCAAACGUGCAGGAACUCAAGCUCAAGGAGACGGAGACGCGGAUCGAGCAGGAGACGGCGCAGCUCAGGGAACGGCUCGAGGCUGUCAAGUUCUCCACGCUGCAAUGGUUGAUGGGCGUUUGCACAGGCACAGCGGCACUCAUGCUCGGUGUGUGGCGUCUGCUGAUGUGAGGAAGCUGUACGACCAUUGUUCCAAUACCCGUUUUUGUUUCUUGGAGGCACUACCAAGGCAGAAACCUUGGAUUUGAGGGAACACGAACGGAGGAAAUGGGGCGUCGUUGCCUCAGCCUCCGCGGCGCAUCAUUGUGUCGGUGUCACAGAAUCCCGGCACGCCCGGUGCCCUUCACAGCGAACUGUGUCGACGAAGGAGUCCUCUGUAGCAAUUGUGCGGAAGAUGCGUGAUGCCCCAGGUGUGUUUCGGCGUGGGACUCGUAGAAGGCAUUGGCUUCGCCCAUGGAGUAGUUCAGCAUAACAGUACGCAGCGUAUGGGACAGGCACUCAGGGCACGCUAUUUCAGCUGAGGGUACCUAUUCACCGAUAGAAGAUGCUAGUAAAGAUUAAUAGCAAACUACUAUACGCUUAACUCGGCC